AUGACUCUCGAAGUCAUGUGCAAUGAUGGUCCCACUUGGGUAUUUGAUAUUGCAUGUGAUGUUCACAUUAUUUCAAAUGUGAAGGGACUAAGAAAUAGAAGACAAGUGAAGAAAGGGAAGAUAGACUUGCGUGUUGGAAAUGGAGCAAAUGUUGAUGCACUUGCCGUAGGAGUUUAUAGUCUAUCUUUACCUUCUGGAUAUUCAAAAGGGAGUUUUGGAUAUUACUUCUACAAUCCAAAUGAGCAAAAGGUUUUUGUUGCAAAGGAUAAUGUCUUUUUGGAAAGAGAGUUUCUUUCUAACAAGUCAAGACCUCAUAUCAUCCAAGAACCAGAACAAGAGGAUCUGCAAAUUGUUGUGGAUCACAUUCCGGAUUCAGUUGUUGAACAAGUUGAACUCAAUCGUAGAUCGGAAAGGCAAAAGGUUAUGCAUGGACGUUACAAUGAUUUUAUCUUAAAUGUAAGUCUUGAUGUUCUUAUGUUAGAACAUAAUGAGCCUUCUACCUAUAAUCAAGCAUUGAUUGGUCCAGACUCCAAUAAAUGGCUUAAAGCCAUGAGCAAGACGCAAUGUCCUAGUACACCUGCUGAGCUUGAGAAAAUGACCAAGAUUUCAUAUGUUUCUGCUAUAGGAUCUAUCAUAGCUGUGAGCUGGAAAAGCUUUAAGCAGGAUACAGUAGCAAAUUCCACAACAGAAGCUGAGUACAUUGCUGCUAGUGAAGCAGCAAAGGAGGCCGUUUGGAUAAGAAAGUUCCUUGAUGAACUCGGUGUUGUUCAUAGCAUUUCAAGGCCUAUUAACAUCUAUUGUGACAACAAUGGUGGCAUAGCCCAGGCAAAGGAACCGAGUUCGAGCUCCAAAUCCAGACACGUUAUGAGGAAAUAUCACCUUAUUUGCCACAUCAUCAAUAUGGGUGAUAUUAGGAUGUGUAAGGUGCAUACUGAUAACAACAUUGCAAAUCCAUUAACUAAACAUAUGUCUACACCCAAGCAUGAAAGUCACACUAGGGCUAAGGGUCUUAAGCACAUUGGAGAAUGGCUUUGA